AUGUACUUACAUCCAAAAGUAUAUACGCACAGAUAUAUAAAACAAAAACGAUCGAUUCUCGUGCCCGCGCGUGUAAUUGUGUGCGUUCCCAUGUUGCAUAUAUAUAUAUAUAUGCACAAAAAAAAAUAUAAAUAUAUAUAUCUCUAGAGCCGACUGUUGCGACGACUUUUUCUAUAUAAUCGGCUAGUGAGCACGCAGACAACGAAGAGGUGCACAAAUACAACGACAGAUGCGGGCAUAUAUGUAUUGCAUAUAGUAUAUAUACAUAUCUAGCCAAAGCCAAAGUAGAAGAUAUAUAUCUAUAUGCGUAUAAGCUGAACGCGGCGCACUCUGCUCUGUUUUUUCUUUUAUAAUUACUUUUGUCUAAAAUUAGAAGACGUGUGUGUUGUGUGUGCCCCGUCCGUGUAUCCGUAUCCGUGAGAUACGUGUGAGUGUCCGCGUCUGCUAUAUCGCACAUCAUCAUCACCAAACACCAAACACCAUCCACCGUAGCCACCAGCCAGCAUCAUCAUCAUCUUCGUCGUCGUCAUCGUCAUCAGAGAUCUGAGAUCUGUGAUCUGUGAAAUCUGUGUGUGCCAGAAAAGACGACUCGUGAAUCAGACUACGGCUGCGACUACGACUACGACUACGAAUACGGAUACGACUACGAGUACGGCUAUAUAGGCGAUAGGCGGAGAGAUCGCGUAUACGGCCAGACAAACAUUAUCGUAUAUCUGGCGGCGAGGAUUACAAUUACAAGAGCAGCAAAAGCGCCACGCACACGACCGAUCGGCAGCCGAAGCUAAAGCCGAACACGAAUAUCGGUAUAUCCGAGUAUCCGAGCAGCCGAAGAUCCGAAGAUCCGCAGAUCGGAAAAUCCGAACAUCCAAAGAUCCGAACCAAUAUCGAGACGAGACGACGAUCGCGCGCGUGAAAAACCUCGUGAAGAAAAGCGCUGCGAAACGUUAAAAAAAAAAAACAAACGACAACAAAAAAAAAAGUGGGGGAAAAAUCAAACGCCACGCGACCUUAGGCCCGUCCAAUUGGGGGGGCGUGGCCGUGCGUCGACUCCUAGCGAUCGCUCAAGUGAAACGCGGCGAAAUUCUGGGCAGAUAACAAAAAUGAGUCACCAACAGCAGCAGCAGCAACAGCAACAACAGCAACAGCAGCAGCAGCAACAUCAACAGCAACAGCAAACAUCGAGUGCGUCCAAGUGUUCAUAAAUUAAUGCUAGGAAUACAGUGUGUUAGACCAGUCCGAAAGACACUAUCCCCCUCUCUCUCCCUCUCGAACAGUCCGUCUCUCUCUUGCCCCUGCUGUCGCUCAAAAUGCUACGAAACUAUCGAAAGUAUUUGCAGGAUAAACGAAAAUACGAUAAGCCACAACGACGAGGCAGCGACGGAUACAUUUGUCACGUUUAAACAAAUUGCAAGGACACAGGAUACACCAAUUCCCCAGCAACCGCAGCAGCAGCAGCAGCAGCAACACGCAGCAAGCGGCAGCAACACGCAGCAGCAGCAGCAGCAGCAGCGACACUCGCUAUCGAGAUUUUGUACAUAAAGUCGGGGCAAUAGCAGCAACAACUUUGGAGGACGCCAUGUAUGCGCAACAUUUGCGCAAAUGGAGUCUAAAAACAAAAAAGCAACUAAUGCCAAUAUAUCUAAUUAUCAGCUACAUGUUGCUACUAAACACAUGUGUGUCGUCGUCGAUGGCGACGCAGCUGCAGCAGCAGCAACAGCAGCAACAGCCAAGAUUAUGGGAAGGCAGUGCCGAAGAAAGCAGCUACUAUAUACCACUGAGUUCGGAUAAUGGCAGCGGGAGCAGUGAAAGCGCCGAGAGCGGUGGCACUGGCAGCAGCAGCAGCAGCAGCAUAAGCAGCAGCAACAUCGACAACAAUAUCUUAAGUAGGCUGCUCAGCCUCACCAGUAAUAGUCUUAGUAGCCGUAGCAAUGUUAAGUUAAAGCCAGCAACAGUAUUCGACGCCGGCAGCAGUUCAGCCGCUCAGCAGGAGCAACAUGUUGCCGCCGUGCCAGAGCAACAGCAGCAGCAACAGCAACAGCAGUCAAUGCAAAAAGUUCCAAAUACGUUAAUCAAUAGUCAAAUAUAUAAUUUAUUACACAAUGGCAUGCCCAGCGAGGCGGCGAGCAGUAAGAUGCGUCGUCACAUUCAACCAGCGCAGCUGCAACUGCAACAUCAACCCGAGAGUUUAGCACCGCCGCCGCCGACGAGCAACUUCAGCAGCCGGGCGGUGCAGAGCUAUCUCAUCGAGUCCUACGAAGUGCCAGAUAGCCAGCUGGAGGACCGUAGUCCCGAGCAGGCGGCGCGAAGUCGCCGCGACGGUAGCAACAUCAACGGCAGCCGCCAGCAGCAACAUCGCCAGGGACACCGGCAACAGUUGCAGCAGGACAGGCGCGAUCACCGCCGCCAGCGGCAGCAACAGCAGCAGGAGCAGCGGAGUCAGCUGAAGAGCGGCCAGCAUCACCACCACCAGCGGAAUAACCAGCCGGCGAACAGCCAAAGGAGCAGGAAGCACCAGCGGAAGCAUCGGGGUCACCAGCGAUCGGAUCGGUACUGCUCUGCGCGGGAUCCCGCCCAGCUGGCCUAUGCGGCGCCCACCGUCUUCCAGGGCGUCUUCAAGUCGAUGUCCGCCGACCGGCGGGUGAACUUCUCGGCCACCAUGAAGGUGCAGAAGGUGUACAAGCAGCAGCACGACCUGCAACUGCCGACCCUGGUGCGCCUCCAGUUCGCGCUGAGCAACACCAGCGGCGAGUGCGACAUCUACAGGGAGCGCCUGCUGCCGCGGGGCCUACUUCGGUCCGGAAAUGAUCUGCAGCAGGCCUCGGAUAUAUCCUACAUGAUGUUCGUGCAGCAGACGAACCCCGGCAACUUCACCAUCCUCGGCCAGCCCAUCAGGGUCACCAACUCGGUGAUGAAAGCGGUCAAAAUGGCUGUGAGCGAAAAUUAUGCACAGAACGCAUCGAUCACGUCGAUCACCUCGAUGCCGAACAACACCAUCAUCGAACAUGGAAGGGAGCUGAGGAUCGUGUGCAAGGUGUCGGGUCAGCCGCCCCCGAAGGUCACCUGGUUCAAGGACGACAAGUCCAUCAAUCGCAAGCGCAACGUUUACCAAUUCAAGCAUCACAAAAGACGUUCCGAGCUGAUCGUGCGCUCCUUCAAUAGUUCCUCCGAUGCGGGCAAGUACGAGUGCCGGGCCAAGAACAAAGCCAGCAAGACGAUCUUCAAGCGCCGCAUCAUGAUCAAGGCCUCUGCAGUUACCUUUCCGUUGGACCAGUCGCGCAGCUCGGGCACCCCCUGUCACUUCAACGAAUACUGCUUCCACGGCGGCACCUGUAUGAUGAUCACGGACCUCAACGAGGUCUUCUGCAAUUGCCCGACCGACUUCUUCGGCAAACGUUGCGAGAACAGUAGGCCCGACAGUAGGUACAGCAAUAGUAAUCCCGAACCAUGCCAAAAUUAUCAUGGAGGUUAUUACUGCUAAAAUAGGCACUUCUAUAGCAUCGAUUGUUUUACGUCGAGUCAAACGCGAGUUAUGCAAAAACACAAAACCGAUAUAAAAACCGCAAACGAAACCGAAACCGAAACUGAAUCAAAUCAAGCAAACCGAACUCAGUGCCCAUACCAAAAUAAUAAUGAAUAAUAACAUAACAUAAAAUAACUAAACAGAUCUACAGAGUAAUACAAGCUAAAAAUAGAGAAAAGCAAUAGCGAAAUUCCUAUUGCACAUUUCACAGCUAUCCUUCCACAUAGAAACUUUCUGCAGAUCAGCUGAAAAUGAAAAAGAGAAAGUGAAAUAAACCAAAUAUAGUUGUUAAAGCGACACACCCGCACACCCAAUCACACAGACAGAAAGUACAAAUACAGUAUGUAUGAAGAAUCGGACCCCAAACUUACCAUAACUCCAGCCAACAACCUACCUAUUCACACUCCACACACGCACACCCCCGGCAAUCAGUCACUUUGAAAACGACGGACUAAAAGUUUUAUUAGAGAACACAUUCCAAAAAGAAACAAAGUAAAGUCUUAAAAACGAAAACAAAGAGUAAACAAAACAAAUAACUAACCAAGUUGUUCAUAAUAUUUAUCAUUUUGUUAACUAAAAUCACGUUAAGAGCAAUCAUUUAAAGCGAGAAUAUAAUCAAAUAAAUACGAAUAAAAACAAAGGGUGCUAUAGAAGGUUUAUUUUAAAUAGUGUUUACAUAGGAACUUAAUUUAAUUUCAACUCACUCAUCACAACCACACCAACCAACACCACAAGUAAAUGUAAUAAACAGCAAAACAAAACAAAAUUAUUAAGCAACUCGGACGGACGGACGGACAAGAGGACUUCCGGACGGACAACAGGACAACAGGACAACCGGACAUCUGGACAAAAGGGGUAAUCCCCCCAUUCAGUACUGAGAAACUUGUCGAAUCCUUUGGCUCAGCCCACGUUUACUUACCACCACACACAAUAUGAAUAUCCAGAUUUACGAUAACAAUCAACAGAGGCUCUCUUAAGUUAGAUACACGAAUAUCCACACGCAUAAACGAUGGCGAGAUCGCCAAAAAAAAAAAAAGAAACACUCACCCACAAAAGGCAAUGUACUGACUAAACAAUUGAAACGGGAACUGAAUUUUGUUUUGUUUUCGAUGUAAUUUUUGUAGUUUGCAAAUAUUAAAAACAAACCACAUUCAACUACUCUCCAACGAAUAACCCAUUAUACUUUAUGAAUUGCAAUUAAUUUUAAUUACUACUCGUUAUUAGACAUUAACACUUGGCUGUAGAUUUUGACAAACCAAAAAAAACAACGGAAAGAACCCAAUUCAAAUCAAACAAACCAACAAUUUCAUUCUGCUCCUUGUUUACUUUUAUUUGGUGAUUGUUUUUUUUUUUUUUGUAAUUUUUCUUUUGACUAAUCUCCUGCGUUUCCAAUUUGGGUAACUCUGUUCACUAUUACUUCCUUAGUUUGUGCUCGUCUCCUUAAAAAAUUCCACAGCAAACAGGGAGAAAGAUCUUGAGCUAGAAUUAACUAAAAGCACUUAUUUCCAAGUUGUUCUUGCUGAAGACCUUCUCUUCAACAUCCUCUGCAUGGAAUUCUUUCCUUCAAGAGCGCUAUUUGAUGCUUGUAGUUGCCCCUAAUUGUGGAAAUGGUGUUAGCCAGCUUUUAGUUAACAGUAAAUGAAGAACUGAAAGAUUAAUUUUUAAUUUUAUUUAUAAUUUAAUCUCUUCACAGAUAUUUUGUUGCAAUCUACGGCCAAAUACAUACCUUAAAUAACGACUAUUAAUGCAUAGAAUUUUGUUUCAUUAUUUUUAUGAUUUUAUAAACAAAACGAAAAACAAAAAAUCGAAACUCCCUGCACUCCAAAACGUCGACAAUUGUAAUUUUUUACGUUUCUAAAAAAUUAGAGAAUUUGUUGCACCAGCAGACCAAGCCCAAAACCCACCACCGUUCUCAAAGUUUGCAACUACAAAAAAGAAAAAAAAACAAAUCCGAAAACGAAAACAUUUCAAAAUGCAAAAGAUUCCCCCAGCCCAGAGUUCCUUCUCCCCGAGCGAAAAGUUCCAGAUCCAGACUGACUUUAGCUACGUUUGUUUUUGUGCACGGUGACAGAAUAUUUUAAAUGUAUAAAUAUGAGAAAAAGAAAUUGAACAGAAUUUUAAUUUAUUUAUUGUACGAAUGAAAAAAUCGAAGAUUGAAGUUUGAAGUUCAAAGUUCGAGUGAAAAGCAUUACCGAUUCGACCCUGACUCUGACACUGUUGCGCUUUUGUUGUUGUAUCAUAGACAAUACUUUUAAAAUGAGAACAAAGGUUGACGUAGCCGAGAACUUUGUAAUAAAUCCUGUAAAUAGCUCUCGUUUUAACUAACGAUAAGUUUUGUGUACAUUUCAACUAAGUUAAUGCAAGCCCUUCUUUAACCAUAAUUUAUUGUAUUUAAUUACACCUAAAUUAAACGUAACUUUAGCUUUAAGCUCACACACACCCCACACACACACACACACACAAACACUAUAAAGCUACUUUAUUUCGAAAUACUAUUUUAUUUGUCCUCGUUUUUGAUUUGCGUAAUUUUAACACCGAAAUAUGUAAAAUGGCAAAUUAGUUAUUUUUUCGCAAUGUGUAUGUUGACAUCAGUUUGUAUGGCUAGGCGUAAAGGCAAGAAAGUGCGUAGAGAUUAUUUUUAGUUAUUUUAAGUGGCAAAUUUUUUAUAUAUUUAAUUAUUGAAAGAUUUAUACCAAAAAUACCAUGUAAAGUUUAAUUAUAAUUUAAAACAAAGCAUUAAACAAA